AUGAGUAUAUUCGACCCCUUGGGAUUGGAAGCUGUAGUUGUAGUCCACGGUAAUAUAUUGCUACAAAACAUCUGGUGGUGCAAGACUGAUUGGGACCAUUCUAUACCAGACGAAUUAAUCGAUGCAAGGAGACGAUGGACUAAACUGUUGGACCAACUCGAGCAGGUCCAAAUCCCCCGCUGUUAUUUUCCCGGAUAUUACGAUAGAAGUUAUCAUCCCUUGGAGCAGCAUAUUUUUGUAAAUGCAAAUGAGGAAGCGUACGCUGCCCUGGCUUAUUUUCGCAUCGUGGAUAGCUCUGGAGUGCGCUGCUCAUUUGUCUCGGCGAAGACAAAAGUGGCUCCCCUGAAACCGCACUCAAUCCCUAGAUUAGAGUUGCAGGCGUCUGUUCUUGGUGCAAAACUGUCAAAAUCGGUGGAAGACAAUCAUACACUGCCGAUAGUUCGCAGAGUGUUCUGGAGCGACUCUAGUACCGUACUUUCCUGGUUAAGGUCGGAUCAACGAAAAUAUCGCCAGUACGUUGCAUUUCGUGUGACGGAAAUUCUCGAGCUUACGCAGGUGGACGAGUGGCGGUGGGUUCCUUCUCGCUGGAAUGUAGCCGACGAAGCAACCAAAUGGGUCAAGGGCCCUAACAUAAGUAGCAGCAGUCGUUGGUUUCAAGCACCAGCAUUCAUGUAUCAAGAGCCAGAUACCUGGCCACAGCAAGGUCCAUGUUUGGUUGAAAUAACGGAGGAGCUUCAUUUCGAAAAAUAUUCGAAGUGGGAGCGAUUAGUGCGUGCGAUAGCGUAUGUGUACAGAUUUAUAGACAACUGUCGUCGUAAAAUCGAGAAUUACUCAACGGAACGAUCUGGGUGGUUGAACCGGGACGAGUUGCAGAAAGCGGAAUGCACUAUCUUCAAGCUGAUUCAGCACGAAGCAUACGGAGAUGAGAUUGUGACCCUUAAUAGAAACCAGCAUCUUCCAGUGGACCAGCGGCUAAAGCUCGAGAAAACUAGUGUUUUGCGUAUGGAUAGUCGUAUCACCAAUGCACAGCUGUCCGCAGAUUUCAAGUUCUCGAUAAUUCUUCCCAAAGGUCAUUACGGGAUACAGCUGCUCGUUGACUGGUAUCAUCGACAAAGCAAGCACUUCAACAUGGAAACAGCGGUGAACGAGAUGCGUUAG